AUGAAGUUCACUGCAACCCUCUCUGCCGCGCUGCUCGCCAGUGCAGCUCUGGCAGCUCCCCUUACCGAGAAGCGUCGUGCUCGCAACAUUGCCCGCCACGGCAACCCUCCCUUCAAGCCGGACACUCACGAGCCCCUCAGUCUGAAUGGGACUACCGUGCACGAGCAAUACAGCAGCAACUGGGCUGGUGCCGUCCUCGUCGGCUCUGGCUACACUGCCGUCACCGCACAGUUCACCAUCCCUUCUCCUUCUGCACCAUACGGCAGCGACGAUGGCACUCAGUACUGUGCCUCUGCUUGGGUCGGUCUCGACGGUGAUACCUGCACCUCCGCCAUUCUCCAGACUGGUAUCGAUUUCUGUGUCCAGGACGGCGAUGUCAGCUAUGACGCGUGGUACGAAUGGUACCCCGACUAUGCCUACGACUUCAGCGGCAUUAGCUUCUCCGCCGGCGACAACGUCCAGGUGACUGUUGAGGCAUCCAGCACCACCACCGGAACGGCUACCAUUGAGAACCUCUCCUCUGGCCAGAAGGUCACCCACAGGUUCACCGGCAGCGAGCAGGGUUCUCUUUGCGAAACCAAUGCCGAGUGGAUCGUCGAAGACUUUGAAUCCGGUUCUUCCAUGGUUCCUUUCUGCGACUUUGGAACCGUCACCUUCACCAAUGCCCAGGCCACUGACGGUGGCUCGACUGUCGGUCCCUCCGGAGCUACCAUUAUGGACAUCAGGCAGAACAACGAGGUUCUGACCUCCUCGUCCAUUUCCAGCGAUUCUGUUACUGUCAGCUAUAAGUAA